CGCUGUCGGAGCGGAUCAGCCCAAAGCUCCGGCGGCUCACUUCGAGGAGGUUUUAUCCACCUACCCUGUGGACGGGGCCGCCCGAGCUCGAGCCCGGGGUAUUUCAUCCCGUCCAAUCCCAACCAAGAGCUCUCGAGCACGAACCCGGCUCACUUCCUGUCCUACCCGACACGGAGCGGCCCAGGUGUGUCCAGGUGUGCAGCGUCUCUCCAUUACGGCUUUUCCGCUCCUUCUUCCUCCUCUUCAUCUUCCUCGUCCUCUACAUCGCACACGCCAUUCGGAGCUGGUUAUCAUCAGUUCACACACGGAUCCGCGAAUCUCUACACAACUGCGUACGACGGUGCGGAGCUGUCCGCGCGCGGGGAGCGCCGGGCUCAGGUGUACCUGUGUAACCGCGCGCUCUGGCACAAAUUCCACCGACAUCAGACCGAGAUGAUCAUCACCAAGCAGGGCAGGAGGAUGUUCCCGUUCCUGAGUUUCAGUAUUUCAGGUCUGAGUGUUUCCUCUCACUAUAAUGUGUAUGUGGAGAUCACACUCGCAGAUCCGAACCACUGGAGAUUUCAGGGAGGAAAAUGGGUGACAUGUGGGAAAGCUGAUAACAACCUGCAGGGGAAUAAGAUUUAUAUUCACCCCGAGUCCCCGAACACUGGAGCUCACUGGAUGCGUCAAGAAAUAUCAUUCGGCAAACUGAAACUGACCAACAAUAAAGGAGCAAACAACAGUAACACACAGAUGAUCGUCCUGCAGUCGCUGCAUAAAUAUCAGCCGCGGCUCCACAUCGCUGAGGUUCCAGCAGACGGUCUGGACUCUGACAGAGAGACGCGUACACAGACCUUCAUCUUCCCCGAAAGCCAGUUCAUUGCUGUUACUGCAUACCAGAACACUGAUAUCACACAGCUGAAGAUUGACCACAAUCCGUUUGCCAAAGGAUUUAGAGACAACUAUGACUCGAUGUACACAGUUCCCGAAGGUGACAGGUUAACUCCGCCCUCUGCUGAUUCUUCUCGCACUCACCAGCUGGUCCCGAGCACUCGUUACCCUGUGCAGCCGUUCCUCCAUGAUCAGUUUGUGAACGCUCUCCCUGCGAGUCGAUUCUACAGCACAGAGCGUUCCCUGCAGCCCCCAGAAGAAUGCGCCGCACCUCACCGCUGGCUCGUGACCCCGGUGCAGCAGCCAUACGAGUCAGAGUACCUGCCCUAUGCCUUGACCUCACGCGCCCUCACCUGCUACUCCGACUCCGCCUUUGCCUCCAUGGCUACAGGGUGGGGCUCAAAGGUCAGUUACCAGAACAAGAUACCUGCCAGUUUGCCCUGGUCGCCUCGGCCGAGUAACAACAACAGCCAGGACAAAGCACGUGAAGAGGAGUGGGCGGAGUCUGUGCCAUACACACCGGUGUGUAAACGCAGACGUGUGUCACGUGAUGAGUCCAGCACUGAAAACUCACCGACGAUCAAGUGCGAGGACUCGCGAUCAGAAAACUACGGAAAAGACACUUCAUCUGGUUCCAAGAGUGAGCUCAGAGACACCAUGAUUGGCUGGUGUCACAGUGAUUGACAGGUAUGUCCCUCUCACCCAGAAAGCACAAUCUCCUGGUUCCACUCCCAAGGUUCUUGGUCAUGGAUGUGGUUUAAACUUGAGUUCUCCUGUACAUUUACCCGAACUCUUUUCUGUUACACUCCUGUGUGCAGUAAUCACCUCCCCACACAACGGAGGAGAAAAAGAAGAAAACUGUGUUUCCGUUCAGCCAGCGGCCAAGUUCUUCAGGCUUUUGUGUGUUAGUGAGGAGUGGCACAGGUGGAAAUUCUGCAGAAACCUGUUAAAGUCCAACAGCUGAACUACAUGAUGUCUGAAGGUGCUCAUAUGGAGCUGCUCCACUGUUCUCUGGAUGACAGGAAGAUGUCGUCUCUCACACCUUUAUACACCAGAUCAUUGCAAGACUCCUUCAUAAAGCUUCUCCACUUUCUGUAUGACAUUGUAUUAUGUAAUGUUGUCCUGUAAUAUCUCAAUGUACAUCACCAGCUGCUGCUUCUCUGAGGCUUUAAUUUCAGAUCAAAAUGAUGACAGAAUUGUCUUUGUGCUUCUUAAAUUGGAAAUCAUCCUUCUCCAGGAAACUCUUUUCCAAUUAGUAGCUGGAGGUUGUUUAGAAGGAUUUCUUCUGAAACUGAGAUGUUUCUCUUGAAGAAAGUAGCUGGUCUAGGGUUUUGGUUAUAAAUGUCCUCUAGCUAACACUCAGAUUAAUGUUUGUAGUUGAAAAGUCCUUGUGCAGUAACACCACUGCUGGAAUAGAAGCUGCAGGUGUCUGAUUUCUUAAAUCUGUUUAAAGUCACGUCAAUGGGAAAUUUCAGGAGAAGCAGAACUGGGAUGAAGUUAAUUAUUCCUUCUGAACAGGAGAGAUUUUAAUCUGCAGUGUGUGUCGCCAGUCUCGUCCUGAACACCAUGCUGUUGUGUGUGAUAAUCACAGUGUGUUGUGUAAUCCACAAUCACAACAACAUGUAACCUGUAAUUCAACAUCUGAUGCACCAGUGUGUCUGUAACGUGGCUCCUGGACUCUGUGAAGGAAAAUCUGUUGUGUUUAAUCUGUUUAAUUGAGUAAGUAAAGUUUUUCACACAUUCUCA